CCCGGGCAAGAAGUACCUCGUCCAACCUACCCACCUCACAGUGACAUGCAUGGACGCGCGCAUUGACCCCGCCGCCGCCCUGGGCAUCUCCCUGGGCGACGCACACGUGAUUCGCAACGCGGGCGCCAGCGCGGCCGACGCCCUGCGCUCGAUUGUGAUUUCGCAGCAGCUGCUUGGCACGCAGGAGGUCGUGCUGAUUAAGCAUACGGGCUGCGGGAUGCUGACUUUCACGAAUGACGACGCGCGGGCUCUCGUGGAGAAGAAUCUGGGCGGGGAGGCGGCGAGGGAGGUGGAAGGGUUGGAUUUCUUGCCGUUCCCGGACCUGGAGGAGGCGGUCAGACGGGAUGUGCGGUUUCUGAGGGAGAGCAAGGUCAUUUCGAAGGAGGUUGUGGUCAGUGGCUGGGUCUAUGAGGUUGAGAGUGGCAAGGUGAGGCAGGUCGUGUAAGUCGUGAUGGGCACGGGUGUGAGCAUGGGCGUGGCGUUGAUUGCUGGAGUUGAGGUUGAUGGUCCGAAAUGCGUUGUGGCGUGGCGCUUGAGCAGGUCGGCUCAAGAAGGCGAUUCGGCAGAUACCCUGGCGUUGAAGGAUGGAGCUAUAAGUUGAAGCGGGCUUGUCAGUCAAUUGGACGUACACUAUGGCCUUGGUUCUGGUGAUUUGACUCUCAGUACUUUGCACCCUGCCUUCGUUCCAUUCCAAGCCCAA